GCUUGGGAAGGCUGGAUGGGUAGCAAUGUCUACCAGCGGCGAUGAACAAGAAGAGGCUAUGAAAGAAGCCAAAGAAAUGAUGGAGAAAAUAGAAGAGAUUAAGGGAAAGAAUUAUUUUGGAGGAGACAAUAUUGGGUACCUUGACAUUGCACUUGGAUGGAUUGCUUACUUGGUUCCUGUUUGGGAGGAAGUUGGAUCAAUGCAGAUAAUAGACCCAUUGAAAUUUCCAGCCACCAUUGCAUGGAUGACCAAUUUUCUCAGCCACCCUGUGAUCAAGGACAGCUUGCCCCCAAGAGAUAAGAUGCUUGUUUACUACCACAGUCGCAGAAAGGAACUUUCUUCAACUUCUCUGGGCUUGUUCAAGGUUUAAUUUAGAUCAAUUCCUUCCUCUAUAUGUUUCUUAUAUGGUCCACGUACAUGUGAUAAGCCCAGAUAUUGGAUUGGCUUGAUAGAAUACGAAUAGGAGGGAAUCAUACUGGCUAAGUUUGUGUGUUGGGUCGUUUUUUGGCUAUUACAAACCACCUCUGCAUGUAUCACUUACAAUCCGACAGUCCCAAGAUUAUAAUAUAACUAAUAAUCAAUAUUAUAAAAUAAAAAAGGUAUAUAUUAUACAAAUAAGUCUGCAAAAUUGGUACAUUUCAACCCGACAUUCGAAAUUUGAUUGGUGAAUCAGACUCUACCAUGGCCUC